GCACGGGGUGGAGCCGCCGGUGGCACGGAGCCCCGCGCCGGGCGCGGGACGAUCUCGUCCCCGCGCUCCGUGCGGUGCGCAGCCGGCCCGUGCCGGGCGGCCCUGCACCAGCCAGGGCUGCCGUGAGCCCUGGCCCUGCGGGCCCCCAACGCUGCCGCUCUGUCCCCGCUGCCCCUCCGGCGGGACAACCCAGCAUGGGCAUUGGGUGGAAAAUACUGUUGGGAUAACAUUUGCCUCAUGUGGCGUGGACUUGGCCUGCCCAACGUCUGUUUGACUUAACGUUCCGUGGGAUUUCAAGAUACUGUACACCAGAAGGGUGCUUGGACAAAGCGAAGACACCUGUUAACUUGAGUCAAGCUGAAAUUCUUGUGAAAAGUUAAGCAUUUUCUUCCUGGCUGCUGGGAAAAUAUUCUGCUUUCAGGUUGUCAGAGAUGGUGAUUUGAAGAAUCAUAUUUCCGAUAUGAGCAAAACAAAAGCAUCAUCUGAAAAAAGUGUUUCUGCCAGUUCUCGGACUAUAUCCCUGCUGUCGCAGCUGGAGAAGAUAAAUUUGGACUCUGUAUUAGGAGAAUCAGACAAUGCCAGAUAUGUUACCUCAAGGAUUCUUCAUCUGGUCCAGAGUCAAGAAAAAACCAGAAAGGAGAUGACUUCUAAGGGCUCCACUGGAAUAGAAGUUAUCCUGUCAACCCUAGAGAAUACAAGAGAUCCUCAAACUAUUCUAAAUAUAUUGAAUAUUCUCAUUGAGAUAGUCUCAGUUGGUGGUGGUCGGAGAGCAAGUGUCUUAGUCACCAAAGGAGGGACACAGAUCUUGUUACAGCUGCUUUUGACUGCCAGCAAAGACUCUCCACCAAAUGAAGAACUAAUGGUGCUUCUUCAUACUCUUCUUGCGAAAAUUGGCCCAAAAGACAAGAAGAUUGGCAUGAAAGCAAGAAUAAAUGGUGUCCUAAACAUACCAUUGAAUUUAGUGAAGCAUAAUUUGCAGAACCACAGGCUAGUAUUGCCAUGUCUUCAAGUAUUAAGGGUUUAUUCAACCAACUCUGUAAAUGCAGUAUCUCUGGGAAAGAAUGGAGUAGUAGAACUGAUGUUUAAGAUUAUUGGCCCUUUUAGUAAAAGGAACACAAGCCUUAUGAAGGUUGCUUUAGACACACUUGCUGCAUUGCUAAAAUCAAAAACAAAUGCCAGGAGAGCAGUAGACAGAGGAUAUGUGCAGGUGCUUAUAACGAUUUAUGUUGAUUGGCACCAUCACGAUAGUCGACACAGAUACAUGCUGAUACGUAAAGGAGUGUUACAGUGCAUUAAAAGUGUUACAAACAUCAAACUGGGAAGAAAAGCAUUUAUUGAUGCCAAUGGGAUGAAAAUUCUUUACAACACUUCACAGGAGUGCCUUGCAGUAAGAACUCUUGAUCCUCUUGUCAAUACAUCCAGCCUAAUAAUGAGAAAAUGUUUUCCCAAAAAUCGUCUUCCUUUACCAACUAUUAAAAGUGCUUUCCAUUUCCAACUCCCAGUUAUUCCUGCCAGUGGUCCUGUGGCUCAGCUGUACAAUUUGCCUCCCGAUGUGGAUGAUGUGGUGGAUGAAAGUGAUGAUAACGAUGAUGCUGAAACAGAAUCAGAAAUUGAAACUGAAAUUGAUGAUGACAAGGACCAACAUUUUAAGAAUGAUGAUAUUGAGAGUGAUAUUAAUAAACUGAAACCUAGACAGGAAUUGGGAAGACCCAUAGAAGAACUGAAAAUGUAUGAGCGAUUUUUCCCAGAACUUUCAGAAAACUUUCAGGAAUGGGACUUAGUGUCCAAGGAACCAAAGCCUUUUAUACCUGAUGCAAAUUUGAGUGGGCCUAUUGUUGUUCCUACAGCCAGUGAGGAGCACUCUGCUGAAGCAAACCCGUCAACAAAAGGAGUUGCUUUAAAGGAGUGCAGUCCUUUAUUGACAGAGGAAUACAAUAGAAGGCCAGUGCUUCUGGAACUACCAAAGAAAGAUAGCAUGAAAGGCAGUAGUUUACAUCAGCAAAAUGAUCAAAGAAACAUGCUUCCAUCAUGCCAGUAUCUAAGCCAAGAAAUUGUGAAAGGCUUGGACAGAAUCAGUCUCCAGAGCAGUGCAAAAAAUUAUCAAUGUUAUGGUACAGAGUCUGUAGUAAAGAAAGAAAGCAAAGCUAGUGUUGCCACACCUGCUUGCAGUAAACCCUGUGAGCAUGUUUCACCCUGUGGAGGUAGUCUCUUUGAAGGAUCAUCUGUCCAGCUGGGAAAACUCUGCUGCACUGGAGUGGAUUCAGAGGAGGAGGAGGAGGAUUCCAGAUCUAGUUCACCAGGAGAACAUGCCAUGUUUCAAGUUUCUGAUGUAUCACCAGUUCAUGACUGCGAUCUUUAUCUUGAAAUGGUGAAGAACACAAAGUCUAUUCCAGAAUACUCAGAAGUGGCCUAUCCAGAUUAUUUUGGCCAUAUUCCACCCCCAUUUAAGGAACCUAUUCUAGAAAGGCGGUAUGGGGUACAGAGGACAAAAAUCUGUCAAGAUAUUGAAAGGCUGAUUUAUCAAAAUGACAUUAUAGAUAGAGUUGUAUAUGACCUUGAUAAUUUGAGUUGUUCUGUACCAGAGGAGGCAGAUGUUUUGAAGUUUAAUUCCAAAUUUGAAUCUGGAAACCUGCGCAAAGUUAUUCAGAUCAGAAAAAAUGAGUAUGAUCUAAUUCUGAACUCAGAUAUAAAUAGCAAUCAUUACCAUCAGUGGUUCUACUUUGAAGUCAGUGGAAUGAAAACUAGCAUUGGUUACCGGUUUAACAUCAUCAACUGUGAAAAGUCAAACAGUCAGUUCAACUACGGUAUGCAGCCCCUCAUGUAUUCUGUUCAGGAAGCACUACGGUCUCGGCCGUGUUGGACUCGUGUUGGGACAGACAUUUGUUACUACAAGAAUCACUUUUCAAGAAGUUCAAUUGCUGCUGGGGGCCAGAAAGGAAAAUCCUAUUACACAAUUACAUUCACAGUGACUUUCCAACACAAAGAUGAUGUGUGCUACUUUGCAUACCAUUAUCCAUAUACGUACUCAACUUUAAAGAUGCAUCUUAGGAAGCUGGAAUCUAUGCACAACCCUCAACAGAUAUAUUUUCGGCAUGACGUUCUCUGUGAGACCCUGGCUGGCAACAGCUGUCCAUUAGUCACUAUUACAGCCAUGCCAGAGUCCAAUUACUAUGAACAUAUCUGUCAGUUCAGGAAUCGUCCUUAUAUAUUCCUGUCUGCCCGUGUGCAUCCUGGAGAGACUAAUGCAAGCUGGGUUAUGAAGGGAACACUGGAAUACCUUAUGAGCAAUAGUCCAAAUGCGCAGUCUUUACGGGAAUCUUAUAUUUUCAAAAUUAUUCCCAUGCUCAAUCCAGAUGGUGUCAUCAAUGGAAACCACCGUUGCUCUUUAAGUGGAGAAGAUUUAAACAGACAGUGGCAAAAUCCAAAUCCAGAUCUGCAUCCCACUAUUUACCAUGCUAAAGGGUUACUGCAAUAUCUGGCUGCUAUAAAACGUUUGCCUUUGGUCUACUGUGAUUAUCAUGGUCAUUCUCGUAAAAAGAAUGUAUUUAUGUAUGGCUGCAGCAUCAAAGAGACAAUGUGGCAUACAAGUGUUAAUGCUGCCUCUUGUGACCUGAUGGAAGACCCUGCUUACAGGGCACUCCCCAAGAUCCUGAGUCAGACUGCCCCCGCAUUCUGCAUGGGCAGCUGCAGCUUUGUGGUGGAAAAGUCCAAGGAAUCUACAGCCCGAGUUGUUGUCUGGAGAGAGAUAGGAGUACAAAGGAGCUACACAAUGGAAAGCACAUUAUGUGGAUGUGACCAGGGCAAGUAUAAAGGAUUGCAAAUAGGUACAAGAGAACUGGAGGAGAUGGGAGCAAAGUUCUGUGUUGGCUUGCUGCGUUUAAAAAGAAUGUCCUCACCUUUGGAAUACAACCUGCCUUCUAGUCUGUUGGAUAUUGAAAAUGAGCUGAUUGAAUCAAGCUGUAAAGUGACAAGCCCCACUACAUAUGUUUUGGAUGAAGAUGAACCUCGCUUCCUUGAAGAAGUUGAUUACAGUGCAGAGAGUAAUGAUGAAGACAUUGAAUUAGCUGAUAACACAGGUGAUUAUGAGGCAACUAAUCAAGAUGAUGGACUUUCAGACCCAGAUUCAACAAGGAUACUUCUUUCUUGAACCAGCUUUGCUGCCAGUAACAGAAAAUAAAGUAUCCUGAAUUUCCAGUCACAUACUUGCUGUUUUCUACAAAGGGGAUAAGCUUCAGUUAAGACGAAUAACUGGGGCCUGCAUAGCUCAAGGACAGUAAAUAUUUCUGAUAAAUUUGCAUUUGUUUUGUUUAAGGAAUUCUGUGUAUUCUUUAAGCCCUAAAUAGAUAAAUUUAUUUGCCACUUCAUUUUCUACUAAAUAGUACUGCAUGGCAUUUUGUGUCCUUAAACCCUAUCUUCAGAGAAAUGGAUUAUAAUUUUUAGUGUGUUAGAGUACAGAAAAUAAUUUUUUGUGCUACAGUUCUUUGAGUUGCUUCCUGAAAAAUACAUAUGUACAGAUUUUUUAAAUUAAUUUGUGUAUGUCUGUGUAUAUGCGCGUGUGUAUACUGAGGUGAAGAGGUUAUUUUUUGACAUUAUUUCAAUACUUGGUUGUGUUGAAGCAAUGUAGUGCCUGCUCUGAAACACUUCAAUUACUAAAUUAAAAAUAAUAACAUGAUGUAUGAAUUUUUGCACUUGUUUCUUGCUUCUUAUGAUUAUGUGGUUUUGCCACAGUAUUAAGUGAAAAUUCUUACUAAUGUCUGUUCAGAGUUCAGGAAUUUUGCACAGUGACCAAUGCAGCCUGUGCUUAGAAGAACUAGACUCUUGUAUAAAACUCACCCAUGAGAUAGGCAUGAUUUAUUUUGAAGAAGUUUUCUUGUUAAGUGUACUUGUCUACAGGAAGAGGUCAGGUAUGUACACUCUCUGUAUAUUCAGCUACACAGCUGCUCCGUUUUUCUUCUUGAAUAUGCACGUAGUUAAAAAAUGUUCACUUUACCGGAGGCACAUGAACUAUAGACCCAAAUCAACUGCUUUAAGGGGGAUAGUGCAUUUCGGUUUAAACCUUUUUGCCUGAUUGCAACCUAGUGUUAACUCUGCUGUGAUAAGGAGAUUGGACUGUGACUUCCUGAGGUCUAUUCCAGGCUGAAUAAUUAUUCUGUGGUUCUGUAUUCUUCAUGUUUAAAGUCAAGCUGUCAAGUAUGGAAUUUACACUUCUUCAUCUUCUCCUAUCGUCUUCUAAUUCUUAUUGCCUCUUGCCUCUGCUUAAAUAAGAUCUAAUAGAGAAAUGAAGAGAGUUGUAGUUCGUGGUUUACAGAAUUGACAUGUUUUGCAAUGAAAAAUACUUUUCAAAAAUUAUUUUUACCUGAUGUGACCCAGUUGUGGCAUUCAUUUUCUUCUGUAUGAGCAAAGGCUUUAAGAACAUAAGAAUAACAUUUCUAAGUUAUACCAGGUUUUUAACUGAGGACGAUGUUCUGUGUGUUUGUUGUUCCAAAUAAAACUGUAUUUCAGAGGGGAAGAGCAUCUUCAGUAGAGGGAUGAAAAAAUAAUAAAAUUUAUGAGAAUUAACUGUAUCAGUGUUUUUCAGCCAGGAGUUGGAUUUGCACCAGGAUCUGUUCUUUCAAAUUCAGCAUUGUUUGGUAAUGCCUGUCCAUACAAUUGUGAUUCUGAAACUGGGGUAGGGGUUUUGAUGCCUUGUUAUAUGCAACUUUAUUUAUAUAUGUAUUUUUGUUUAAAGGCUUAAAUUUAUAUUAAUAAACAUAUGGAGAGAGGUAGGGAUGGAAAACAUGGAAAAGUUGGAAAUAUUUAGAGUCUUGUUCCUUUUUAAGUUUUUCUUUGCAGUGAAAGUUAUCUUUCCUUGUGUUCUGUGAACUACAUACUGUAAAUAAGAUUUAUUUAUUACCCUGUUGAAGAGGAGCCCUCUGCAGUGAAAGCAGAGGAAUUUGGGAAUGUGUCAAAUGGAAGAAUUAUCCUUGCCCCACAGAAUUUGAAUUAUUUUUCUGUCCAAUGACAGCAGUUCAGAAUGCUCAUAUUGCCCUGUUAGUCUUAGACUAGUUAUCUGCAUAAAUAGAUUUUCAUUAAGGGCUCCUACUUCAGUGGGAGUAGUAUUCAUAAAUAAAAUUAUUAAUAAACAAUUUCACUUAAAUUUCACAGAAUGCAGGAUGCCACAUAUUUGUUAACUGCAUUGUGCAUGUCUUCUUAGGUUUCAUAUGAAUUUGUAUUAGUCUUGGAAAACUAUUUUUAUGCUACUGGCAAGACUAGAAAUAUACUUCCAUUUAGAAGGAAUGGUGUCUUAGUAGUACAAAAUUGUCUUUUUCUCCAGAGUUCUCCAGAGUAUGUAUGUAUAUUAGUUCUUCUCAUGACUCCUAGAGCUUUUAAUCUGUGCAAAAAAAGAGUUAUAUAAUGUCUCAGGACAACAUGUUUAUACAUUAGAUUGCAAUGUAGUUAUGCAUUAGAUGUCACUUAGGUGUUAGAUGUCACUCUGGCAGCUGUUGGUCUGAGCUUUUGCAAGUGUAAUUCAAAUGCAAGAAGUGAAAUUUUCUCCCUAUCUUACACAUUGUUGAAAAUGCAAAGGUUGUUACCUCAGACAUUUUCCAGUACUUGCCUUUUGAAAGGUAAAGUCUCCAUUCGUGCUCAUGGGGAUGCCAGUUCAUGGGAAGAACUGCUGCAGUGAGAACUGCUCCAUACUGUUUAUCCCUUCUCCAAUACCUGUUGCCAUUGUUGCAGUGGUGUUGACAGACAUGCUGGUGCACCCAUUUAUGUGUUUUGGUGGGAAGUCUGGUGUUUGGCUGAAAAAGGAACAGCUAACACUUGAGCACACUCAAGUGUUACUCUGGCAUUUGCCCUGAAGAAAUGGGCAGAAUCAUAGCAAAGAAUGGCAGCAUCUUGGACUGUCUCGAAUCAGUCAUUGAGCAUGGUCUGUCCCAGACAAUUUGCUGUCUUUAUUCUAUGCAUUGGCAUUUCAAUCUGGCUUUGGUUUUAAAUGAUGGUUUUUGCUAUAAGCGUGACUGAUUCUGUAUGGACAAAGAAGAUAUCCCUAGAUCUUCCUCCAGUAAUAACAACAAAUAAGACUAUAAAAAAUAAUUUCAUCUGUGUUAUUUACUGUCUUGCUUCUAAGUAAUUGCUGGACAAUGAAUUACUCUAUUCCCUUUCCAGAAAUAAUUCAAGUUGCAUCACAAAUUUUGGUACUGUGUUUUCACUGGUGACAUCCCCUAGUGUAAUAUAACUUAAAGCAAUUUGUGCCAAAAUCUUGCCUGGUCGUUUUUCGAGGUGGAUCAGCCUGACUUACCAGGGAGUUUGGUUUGAAUCUCAAGUAAGACUGCAGAAGCAGUAAACAGUGUUCACAAAAUGCAAAAAUACAAGAUUUUAGAUAAUUUCUGUUGUAAUACUGUAAUAAAUAUAAUUGUUGCAGUGUUAGUGUGCAUGCCCCAAAUACCAAUACUUACUAAUAAAAAUGCAUAAUAAAGGAUUACUUACAAUC